ACUCCGCGGAAGACCAGGGUCCUGAGAGAGACUAUGGGCGGUGAGAGCUUGCUGCUGCUGCUGUUGCGGUCAUCAUGACUUCGCCCACCUCCCGCAGACCAUGUUCCAUGUUUCUUUUAGGUGUAUCUUUGGAAUUCCUCCCUUGAUCCUUGUUCUGUUGCCAGUAGCAUCAUCUGACUGUGAUAUUGAAGGUAAAGAAGGCAACGAAUAUGAGAAAGUUCUAAUGAUCAGCAUCAAUAGAUUGGACAACAUGAUAGAAAUUGGUACCAAUUGCCCGGCUAAUGAAUCUAACUUUUUAAAAAAGCAUUCAUGUGAUGAUAAUAAGGAAGCUAUGUUUCUAUAUCGGGCUGCUCGAAGGUUGAAGCAAUUUCUUAAAAUGAAUAUCAGUGAGGAUUUCAAUGUCCACUUAUUGAUUGUUUCAGAAGGCACAUUAAAACUGUUGAACUGCACGGGCAAGGUCAAAGAAAGAAAAGCACCUUCCCAGGGUGAAGCCCAACCCAUUAAGAAUUUGGAAGAAAAUAAAUUGUUGAAGGAACAGAAAAAACGAAAUGACUUGUGUUUCCUAAGGAGACUACUAGAAAAGAUGAAAACUUGUUGGAAUAAAAUUUUGAAAGGUGCUAAAGAUCCCUGAAAACUAUGGAAUGGCGAUAUAGAAACAUGUGAACUUUAGUUGCAUCCAUGAAGAUUUGCUCAUGCAAUUUGGGGGGGAUAGAACACCUCCUAGAAGCUACUGAAUGCAUCCUGGUUAAAAUGGAUUACAGGCGUUGGAAAAAAAAAUCCAUGUUUUAAUACUAGAAGAUGGACGUUAACAGUGGAAACCAAAUGCUGCAAUCAACAAUGCAUUAUAUAUAUAUGUGGGCACGUAUCAGUCUGUUUUGAUUCUGAACUGAUUUUGUAUAAGACAAUUCAUAUAAGGUACCUGUUGCAAUAAUACUUUUUUUAAACUUGUUUGAGAAUUUCAGGGAAAAAUACCGAAUCUAUGAAAUAUAUAACAGUUGCAGGAAUGGAUUCAAGAUUAACAUUGUUUAAUUAUCAGAAUAAUUUUAGGGCCCACUCUGCAUCAGUAUGUUGCAUUAAGAGUGGAUAAUUGCAUCUUCUUGGCUGGAAAUGUUUCAGGGUUAAUAGCAAGCUCUGAGUAACGCCCAUGAGGACAUGCUAGUCAUACACCUUAAAGAAGCAACAACACAAAGGAGCCCGAGAUACUUAAGAGAGAUAUCAAGAGACGUAAUUAAACAUGAAUGCUUAACACAGGGGCUUCAAUAAAUGGUAUAUCAAGUGUAUUUAAAUGGAAAUAAAGGAUAAUUUCAAAAAAAAGAAAAAACAACAAACCAUCUCUUCUAAGGAUGCCAAAACUUAGUUUACUUUUGUCAUGUAUGUAUAAUAAAACUAGUAUAAAUGAGUUUGCAAUUUUUGAAGUACAUUUUUAAGAGAAUAAUAUAUGUUGACCUUUAUUCAAUGCAAUAUGUAUAUUUAAUUUUGACACUGUAUCUGUAUAUAAAAAUAUUUUCAUACCAUAUUACAGACAAAUUGCUUACUUUGGAUAACAUUUCUCCUUUCAUAAUAAAUGGGCUAUGCAUUAACACUACCAGAUUCAUUCAGUGAGCCCCAAAAGGAUUUUUAAGACAAGGUUUUUAAUAUUGCACCACUAUUUGGUCUCCCACUUCCACUGAAUAUAACAUCCUUCAUACCUUAUUACCCAGAAUCUUAUUACCCAAAAUUAUAGAUGAGCAGGAAGACUACUGUCUAUGUUAAACUCUAGCCUUUUAAAAGACACCUUUGUAUAUACAAGACCCAGUUAAGAAAGGUCUGCGAACAGUCCUCAUUCCCUUAUAAAGGGAAAUGUAAAUACUAUUAUAGAUGGGCCAGAUGCCUGAAACAGCUACCAGUUUCCAGUUUGUUGAACUUGCAUCCUCUAUGCUCUCUCACAGCUCCACCACCAUCUAAGUAAGUAGGUGCUGACUGGCUUUAUUUGAUCCAUAGAAGAUGUCCAGGUGACAGCUUCAAGGCGUGAUGAUAAUAUUUUUCUCUCAGUCUGCAUAUGUCUCUCUGCGUUUCUUCUCA